AUGAGUACCGAGAAGUCUGACGCACUCACUGUCAAGUCCUCGAAGGCACUCACGACUUGCAGCGAUUUCUCUCCUAGUGCUGACGCGGACGUCUGGUACGCCGAUGGAAGUAUUAUUCUCGUCGCCGAGAAGACCGCCUUUCGCGUGCACAGUUCCAUCCUAGCGGCGAACUGCGAAUUCUUCAAGAUCAUGCUCGCAAUACCACAGCCUGCGCCAGGCUCGGACACGAGUAUGAGCACGGAGAUGUAUGAAGGAUGCCCGGUCGUCAAGAUGCAGGACUCCGCGGUAGACCUGAGACACUUUCUCAAAUCCAUUUAUUACUUCGACUACUUCCGCGCAGCUAUGAAAGUCAAAUUCCCUGUAGUCGCAGCGGUCCUCCGCCUCAGCAACAAAUACGACGCGCGCCACUUGGGCCAGCGCGCAGUCAACCUCCUCGCCACAGCGUACCCGUCGACACUGCUCCGGUGGGAUGACCGCGACGCGCAAAGACUCGUGCCGCCGUUCGAAGGCGAGCAUGGCGCGUACAUCGCACUCGCGUUCGAGACGGACAUUCGCGUGAUCCUCCCGGCCAUCUACUUGGCGCUAUCCCGACGCCCUCUCGAAGACGCGCUCCACACGUUGCGCACACUUGCGGUAGACUCCAGCGUGCACUGGGACGUCGCGGCAGACUUCGUGCACGGCCGUGAAAAGCUCUUCCAGGAGGAGCUCAAGCAUGUCUUGGCGUUCCUCGAUGCGGCGUUCGCCCGCCCUGGGUGCCAGAGCGGGAAUCAGUGCACGCCGAAUUUGACUAACGCUGCCAGGACAGCACUGAAGAAGGCGGCGGGGGCGGAGGCGUACCACCAGUGGUGUGGUGCAAAUGCGAGCGAGGUGGGCCGCUCGCUGACGCUGUGCGCAACUUGUUGCGUGACGGUGGAGAACGCGAUCAGGAAGGGUAGGAAGAUGGUGUGGGAGCAGCUGCCCGGGCUGUUCCGGCUUCCGGAUUGGGAGACUUUGACUGUGAGGGAUGAGCUGUGGAGCAUGGAGUAG